CUGGACUCUGUUCUCUGAGUUCUCUGCUCCUCUUUAACCUUUAACAGACAAACUGAGACACUUUACAGUUAAAUUAAUAACAUGUCUAUUUACAGGAACGCGGUUUGGUUCGUUAAAGGACUCCAGGAGUACACCAGGAGCGGUUAUGAAGCUGCAGCGAAGCAUUUCUGUCCAGCAGACCUGGACGUGAACCUGAGCGGGAGAUCCUUCGUCAUAACCGGAGCCAACAGCGGCAUCGGGAAAGCCACCGCGCUGGAGCUCGCCAACAGAGGAGGAAUCGUCCACAUGGUGUGUAGAAACAAAGAGCGAGCUGACGCAGCCAAAGAGGAAAUCAUGGAAAAGAGUAAAAAUCAGAACGUCCACGUCCACGUGGUGGACAUGUCCAGCGCCAGACAGGUGUGGGAGUUCGCCCAGAACUUCUCACAAAGCAACGCCGUCCACGUCCUGAUCAACAACGCCGGCUGUAUGGUGAACCAGAGAGAGCUGACGGAGGACGGCCUGGAGAAGAACUUCGCCACCAACACACUCGGUACGUACGUCCUGACCACGGCGCUGAUACCGGCGCUGAAGAAGGCUGAAGACCCCCGAGUGGUCACCGUGUCGUCCGGCGGCAUGCUCACCCAGAAGCUCAACGUGGACGACCUCCAGUUUGAGAAGGGAGUGUUUGACGGCACCGCGGCGUACGCUCAGAACAAACGGCAGCAGGUGAUCCUGACGGACCGCUGGGCUUCUCAGCACAAAGACAUCCACUUCUCCUGCAUGCACCCCGGCUGGGCCGACACGCCAGCGGUGCAGACGUCCAUGCCUUCGUUCCACGCCAAGAUGCAGAACAAGCUGAGAACGGAGGCGAUGGGCGCCGACACCACGGUGUGGCUCGCUGCGUCCGCCGCCGCCGCCAAGCAGCCGAGCGGACUCUUCUUCCAGGACCGUAAAGCGGUGGCGACUCACCUCCCGCUGGCGUCCUCCAGGUCCUCGCCGCAGGAGGACGAGAAGCUGCUGGCGGCGCUGGACGAGUUCGCCCUCAAGUUCAAACCUUGAUCUCUCCGUUGAAAACCGUUUAAAACCAAACACUCCUCAGUUCAUCACUAAUGUUUACACAAUCAGCUUGUUCUUAACGUACAGGACGACGCUUUUAUACCGUUUAUACUCUAAAGAACAGAAAGACGCAGUGAAGUCGUCUCCAGACCAGAAGGUUGAUCAAUAUUUAAUCUGCUUCUUUAUUUAUCAUCUAAAUAUAAAAAUACUUCACCCCCAAAAUGACCCUCAACUACUCACCUCGUGUUUUCAUCAAUUCAUAACUAGUUCUUCUCUCACGUCUCCACGGUUAACGAAGAAUCUGAAAACAGAGAAAAGUCUGGAGAGUUAGAGUAAACAUCGGACGCAUUUAACAGUUAAACUAUAUUAAAACAUCAAACUCUCACACAGCUGGUGCAGAAUAAUCAGUGUCAUUGAUCCGGUCGGAUGAUCACUACCUCACAAACAUCUUCACUAAAACUUUAAUAUUUAAAACCCUGUUUACGGUUGUUAUAUUAAAGGUAACAGGGGUGAGUAGAUGACGUAAAGACGGUCAUUUAGUGGGUGAAGUGUUCCUUUAACUAGGAGAAUGUAUACCUCACAGAUGCUUUAAUGUAUAAAUGUCACAAAUAAUGUAAUUUGUUUAUAAUCAUUGUUUAAUUUCAGGUCAUUUUGUUUAGAUGUUUAAUUUCUAAUAAAUUGUAUUUAUACAUUUUC